AUGGGUAAAAAACGAUACAAUGCAAAAGCUCGUCAAGUGGUUAAAACAAACAUCGAUGAUUCUCAAACAAAUGAGAUAAAAAUAGAUUUUGCAUUAAAUGAAUAUGGAUCGUCGGACACAAGUAAUUUACUGGCAUUGCCUUCGAAGAAAAGAAGUACAAAAAUAAUAACUGAUAAAAAAGAAAAGAUAAAAUUGUUGUCAAAGGCUCAAAGAAAAAGAUUAGAAAAGAUUGUUGAUAAAAAGAAAAAGAAAGAAAAUAGAGCUGCACUGUUGGAGUCCUUAGCUCAAGUUCAAGCAACUUCAGAAGAAGUAAAACAAUUGACCACAAUUUCAAGUGUCCAAACUUUGGGAUUAAGAAAGCUAAAUGAAUAUAAAGUGGAGGAAACACUACAAAAUUCUACAGAACCUACAGAGCAGAAAAAAUUUAGUAGUAUAGCAGGUGCAAAAAAACGAUUAAGAUUGCUUAGAAUGGGGAAUGUGGAUGAUGCGAAAAAGAAAAAGUAUGAUCCUAAUGUGGUUGGCCUUGAAGAUUCAUCUGAUGAGGAUUCAUCAGAGUCUGAUGAGGAAUCUGAUGAGACAGAAAUUAAAGACAAUGAACACGGUGUAAUGAAAGGUGAGGAGGAAAAUAUUGUAAAUAUUGAAAGUGAAGGAAAAAAUAAAAAAGAAAAUGGUGAGGUUCUUGCUAAUACCAAUAAGGAUGAUAAAAAGCAAAAUAAUGAGAAAAAGAAUGAUUCCCAGCAAGAACACAAUAAUAAAGAAGUCAAUAUAAUUAAAAAUAAUAAUAAAGCAGAGAAUAUAAUAAAAAAUAAUAUAAAACAAGGGAAUAUAAUCAAACAUACUAAAAAAGAAGAAAAGCAAGUUAAAAAACCUUUGCUUGAACAUCCAACAAUGCAUGUAGAUGUUAACAGGGAUCCUAAAAUCCAGGUAGCAAGGUUAAAGCUUCCAAUUUUAGGCGAAGAGCAAAGAAUAAUGGAACUUGUUAAUGAAAAUGAGUUUUUAAUUGUUGCCGGAGAAACUGGUAGCGGUAAAACCACACAAUUGCCCCAAUUCCUUUACGAAGCGGGUUAUUCAGAGAGAAAGAUGAUAGCAGUAACGGAGCCUCGUAGAGUGGCCACCGUGGCCAUGUCCAAACGUGUAGCAUACGAGCUGGGCUUGACCAGCAAGGAGGUGUCAUAUUUGAUGCGGUUUGAGGGAAAUGUCACUAAAGAUACGAAAAUUAAGUUCAUGACCGAUGGUGUGCUUCUCAAAGAAAUUCAAACAGACUUCCUUCUAAGCAAAUACUCGGUGGUUAUUAUCGAUGAAGCCCAUGAAAGGAGUGUAUAUACAGAUAUAUUGCUUGGGUUGCUAUCAAGAAUAGUUCCUUUGAGAAGGAAAAGGGGUAGUCCACUAAGACUUAUUAUAAUGUCAGCUACGCUUAGAGUUGAGGACUUCACACAAAAUACAAGACUGUUUAAAGAACCGCCGCCAGUUAUAAACGUAGCGGCCAGACAGUUCCCAGUGACAGUCCAUUUCAAUAAACACACAUACAGCGAUUAUUUGAAGGAAGCAUACAAGAAAACAGUCAAAAUUCACACGAGGCUACCAGAAGGAGGCAUUUUAAUAUUUGUUACUGGACAACAAGAGGUGAACUAUCUGGUGCGAAAAUUAAAAGCAUCGUUUCCAUACAGGAAAGAUAUAGACUAUUCCAAAUUGAUAACUGAGAAGAAUAUUAAAGAAGUCGACCCCGCGCUUGACUCAGAGCCUGAUGACAUAGAAUCUGAUGAUGAUGAGGUAGAGAAAGAGAUGAAACGAAUGCGGAAAGCUAGACGUAAAGCGAGGCAAAAGAGUAAAGCUUUGCCCAAAAUUAACUUAGAUGAUUAUGAUAUGCCCGAAGAUGAUGGUCAGGCGGAUCUAUUGAGCGAUGACGACAGUGAGGGACAUAUAAGCGAUUCAGAUGCAGAGGACGACAGUUUAUCAGCCGUCAUAAAGUCUUGUAGACAACCUCUAUGGGUACUUCCCCUGUAUUCUAUGUUGAGUUCAGCAAAACAAUCGCGCGUUUUCGAUCCACCGCCUGUCGGGGCGCGACUGUGCGUGGUGAGCACUGACGUGGCGGAAACUUCUUUAACUAUACCUGCUAUCAAAUAUGUUGUGGAUACUGGAAAGAAGAAAAUGCGCGUGUACGACCACGCGACGGGCGCGAGCGCGUGGCGCGUGGUGUGGACGUCGCAGGCGAGCGCGGCGCAGCGCGCGGGGCGCGCGGGGCGCACGGGCGCGGGGCACGCCUACCGCGCCUACAGCGCCGCCGUGUUCCAGCACGAGUGCGCGCCGCACCACGCGCCCGACCUCCUCCGGCGCCCCGUCGACGACCUGCUGCUCAUGAUGAAGUGUAUGGGCAUUGAUAAGGUGGUAAACUUUCCAUUCCCGACGGCGCCUGAUAGGAUGCAGCUGCGCCUAGCAGAGAAGAGAUUAGAAGUUUUGGGAAUAUUGGAGAAGUCAGAAGUAAAGAAGAAAAGGAUAGAUGAUGAAGAGGUACUUAAAGUGACUCCACUAGGUAAAGCAGUGUCAGCGUUCCCGCUUCUGCCUCGAUACGGGAAGAUGUUGGCUCUUAGUCAUCAGUUCGAUUUGCUUCCAUAUACAAUUGCUUUAGUGUCUGCUCUCACUGUUCAAGAGGUAAUGAGCGGCAAAGCGGACAGUUGGCCAGCGACCGGCAAUACGUUGUUGUUGGGUGACCCCGGCGUGUUGCUGAGAGCGGUCGGCGCUGCGGAGUACGCGUAUGUGAAGGGGGAAGAAGAGUUGUUUUGUGCCAAAUACGGAUUGAGAGAGAAAGCUAUCAAAGAAAUCCGUAAACUCCGUAAGCAGUUGACAUCAGAGAUCAACCUGAGCGUGUCCGGCGUGAAUGUGACCAUAGACCCGGAGAUGAAACCUCCGGACGAUAGGCAAGCGAGACUGUUGAGGCAGCUGUUGCUCAGUGGUCUCGGUGACCAGGUUGCGAGGAAGAUAGCUUUACACGAAGUUAAGGAAGGAGAAGACAAACGUAAAUACAAAUACGCAUAUCACAGCAGCAACUUAGAAGAGCCAGUUCACUUGCAUUCAGAGUCAAUACUGCGGAAGGUCAUACCGGAGUGGGUGGUGUACCAGGAUAUGUAUGAGACUGGAGGACAGGAUAGCAGGAAGAUGGUGUUGCGGAACGUGGCUGCCAUAGAGCCGGAAUGGUUCCCCACCUAUGUGCCACAGUUGUGCAAUUUAGGAGAACCAUUGUCUGACCCCGAACCCAGGUAUGAUGAGAAGUCUGGCCGAGUGAAGUGUCACUUCAAAGGGACGUUUGGAAAGAGCUGUUGGGAGCUCCCCGUUGUGGAGAUAGACUAUCCGGAUAAAAUUGAACGAUAUAGAUGGUUUGCCAGAUUCCUUCUAGAAGGUAAAGUGUUUCCUAAAUUGAAGAAGUACACCAGUUCUCUACUAUCUCCACCUUCUACUAUGGUCAAGAGUUGGGCCAAGUUGCAGUCCAGAACAGAAGUUAUACUAAAAGCUUUGAUAGCGAGACGAGCUGGCACGAAGGGCCAAUUGGAGGAAAGUUGGAAACAACAGCCUAAUUAUUUACUUGAAGAAUAUUUGAAGUGGAUUCCUGAAUCUGCCCACAAUGAAGUGACUUUGUAUUGGCCUCCCAAUAAA